AUGGCCGCCGGCAGAGAUGAGCUUGUCAACGGUGAAAUUCUGAGUGCUGAAUUGAUUCGUCUGAGAGUCAGCACAUAUUCUGGCCCUGCAAACGACGAGUCCAUGCUGGACGAGUUUAUAGAAAGUACACUCCAGCCUGCGCUUGCCGCACAACAAACCCCCGAGCGAGUUGAUUCAAAACAUCCCUUUUUCGACAGAGCAAAGGAACUCUGUUUAAAACAUGACUGGCCGAUUGAACGAUUCGAAAAUUUCCGAAGACUACUAUGCGGGAAUCGCACUUUCCCUAAUGACCUCCUUCCAUUCGAUGAGAUGGUCGAUCAAACUCCAACCCUAACGCGGCUGGAAGAUGUCCUAGAUAAGAUCGGUCUUGGACUUGACGAUGUAAUCAUUAUGGAUUUAUUCCCCAUGCUGACCGACGAAUGGUUGGAUGGACACCCUGCUGAGCGCGAUAAAGUUAUUCCCGAAAUGUUCAAACUGACCCUUGACUUUAUUCGAGGGUUCAAGCUACAUACUAUCCUCUCUUGUCAAUGCUUUCGCCCUUUAUGGCAUGAGCGCUGGGGUUCAUUCGACCAUGGUAUGCUUCAGAAACUGUGCUCAAGAAUGGACCGUGCCAAGCGCCAAAUAGUGUCCGGCUUCAGUUUCGAGAAUCAUUAUAUACAUUGCGUCGCAGCGUUCCACCCUGCCAAAUUUUUGCGGGAGGACGAAGACAAGAAACAGGAACUGAGAGAGCUUUUGUGCUCAACAUUCCAUUCUUUGUUUGAGCCAUGCGCAGCUUGGCUAGACGAGUACGAUAUGAAGUUGGAUAAAAGCCUGGAUGAGAAGACACAGUCUAUCAAAACUCUGAUCGAACAACUCCAGCAAAGUAAGGCUGAAUAUGAUGAAAUACUCAUGAGACGACGUCUCCUGUGUAUGUCUCGGAUUCGUGGUCUCUCAAUCACAGCUGAGCCUCCGGAUAAUCGAAAGAAAGCUGGGGAGCUAAUUGCUGAACUGUGGUCUUCCAAAACACCAGAGAAGUCGCUUCGUGAUUUGGAGGACUUGGUCAAACGAGAGUAUCCGUGGAUAUCUUGA